AUGGGGGCCAGGCAGUCUGUUGCCCGCUGCAAGGACAAGGGCCCCCCGGGGCGGGGGGUCCUGCGGGGGAGGCAGAAGUUCUCCCCGUGGGACGAUGCUCUGCUCUCGGGGAGGGACCCACGGUGUCUGCUGAAGCGGGGCCUGCGGCACGUCAGUUUCAGCCUGGUCACCAAGGGCAUGACGGAUGCUCCCGACUUCCUGUGGAGCCUGUCAGAGGUGCAGAAGCUCAACCUGUCCCACAACCAGCUCCGGGUCCUCCCGCCCGAGGUGGGGAAGCUGACAAGGCUGGUGGUCUUGAACUUGUGCGGGAACCGCCUGAAGACCCUGCCCCGGGAGGUCAGCCUCCUCCAGAGCCUCAAGGUCCUGUUUGUGCACAUGAACUGCCUGACAGAGCUGCCGGCAGAGCUGAGCGCCUGCCGGAACCUGGAGGUCCUGAGCCUGUCGCACAACUUCCUGUCCCAGCUCCCCGCCAGCCUCGCCGACCUCUCCCGGCUGCGCAAGCUGAACCUCAGCCACAACCGCUUUGCCCACAUCCCUGUCUGCGUGUUCUCGCUCAGGGAGCUCGACUUCCUGCACGUGGGCUCCAACCGCCUGGAGAACAUCGCCGAGAGCAUCCAGUGCCUGGCCAGCCUGCAGAUCUUCAUUGCCGAGAGUAACAAUAUCCACACUUUCCCCCGCUCCCUCUGCCUUCUCACGAGGCUGGAGCUGCUGAACUUGAACAACAAUGACAUCCAGACCCUCCCCGAGGAACUCUACCUGCUGUGCAGACUGGCCAGGAUCGCUUGGAACCCCAUGGACAAAGGGCUCCACAUUUCCCACAACCCUUUAUCCAAACCUCUGCCCGAGCUGCUGGAGGGGGGUCUGGAGAUGCUCUUUAGUUACCUGAAGGACAAAAAACACACCUGA